UCAUGCUGCUGCCAGGUCCAGAGUCUCUCAUGGGUCCCUGUACGGCCUCCCAUUGCUGCUGUCUCCAUCGCCACACUCUGCCAUGUGCCACUUUCAGGUCUCCUCACACUGCUGGUGUGUUCCAUUUUUUGUCAUAGGGUGCUGGCAGAUUACGGGCCUCCCAUAGCUGCUGCCAGGCCCCUAAUCUGCCAUGGGCCCCUAUACCGCCUCCUCAUGCUGCUGCCAAGUCCAGAGUCUCUCAUGGGUCCCUGUACGGCCUCCCAUUGCUGCUGUCUCCAUCGCCACACUCUGCCAUGUGCCACUUUCAGGUCUCCUCACACUGCUGGUGUGUUCAAUUUUUUG